AUGGUAGGGCGCAGGCGCCGUGCGUCAACGUCGAGCGUCGACAGCGUCGACGACAGCCAGAUCCGAUGGCGCCAGGAAGCCUCGGUCGUGCGCUCCGUGCCAAAGGACGUGCUUUCCGACGACUGGCCCAUCUUUGAGCUGCGCGAUGCCGUCGUCCUCCAUGGCGACGGCCACACGCUCGAAAAUGCCCUCCAUGUAGGCAUCAGGGGCCCCUACAUUGUCAGAGGCCAUCUCGUCAUCGACGACCCGUCGCAAAAGUCUCGCUUGAUCAUGCGAGUCCGCAAGUCGAUUCCCCUCGAAAUCCGCCAAUGCGUCUCAUAUUCCAUCGGCGAGUCGCCGGAUGGGAGCCCCCUCAUCUGGGUCUCGGGCCGAGGCGGCUGGUACGAGAUUAAUCCCUCGCCCGCCUACCGCUCCAUCUACCGCAAGAUGUGCGAGGCCACCACGCUCUACUACAACAUGGUCGACAUAUACAACUCGAGGCGCGCCCCCAAAAGGUCAAAGAAGCAGAAGCAGUCUAGCUUGAUGGAUGAGCUCGCCAGCAUCUUCCUCCAAUACGCUGCCCGCGUCGGUGACGGGUGCACCUUUGACGAGGUUAUUGCGCGCUGCAGCGAGCACGCCGGAUUCUUCAUCUGCCAGUUCGCUCAGCAGGAGAGCCUCAUCGAUUGGAUUCCCACUGCCUUCUACAGGUGGCUCACCACGGAGCACGCAGAGCUUGUCCAAAAAAUAGAAGACUCGAUGAAGAACCCUCGCAAGCUGUGUCCCAUGCCCUCUGCCGAGGCCCUGAGCCCUAUGCCGCGAGAAAGUGCCUCGACACCUCUCCCCAAGAGCAGUAGUGUGGAAGCGGCUAUGUCCAGGCAAAGCUCACGAGUGGCCAGCUCACGCGUCCCCUCGGCUGCCGCGAACGUUGCCCCUGAGCUCAAGCCUCGCUCUGUUCCGCCACCCCCAAAGCAGUCUCCGAGGCAGACCACACAGCCGGAGAGCGCCGCGGCUGGUGACGACGAGUCGCCCUUCGACUCAGUCUUCAACGCCAUGGAAAUGGCCUACGAUGCGCUGAUUGAUACAAAGAAAGGGUUGGCGACAACUUCGGUUCUCAACAAGAUCUACUUCACUUACAGCUUCCCCCAAUACCGAGACGGCACCGUUGGCUCCUUCAAGAUUCCCGUCCAGGAAGUCUUGCACUACAACGCAUCGGCGCUCCUGGAAAACCUAGAAAAAUCCAAAUAUGAGAGCCAUGAGAUUUAUGCUUUCCUCGAGCAGCUCUCAACCGCAGAGUUACGACUCGUGGUUUUCAAGCCCUCAGACUUUCCCGUCAAGCUUGUGCCUCGAAAGCGCAUGGUCCGCCAGUCCAAAAAGGACAUCCAGCCUUCUCCAGCGACUGUCGCCCCCGUCACCACCCGUGGCAGGGGGGGGCCGGAUGGCGCCGGGUCAGCCGACGUGGCAGCCGCAGGACGGGGCAAGAGCCUCAAGCGUGAGGGCCGACGCACUGGCAGGAAGAGCUUCCUCCGACCGGCCGUCACGAACAAGAAACGACCGCAUUCACAGCUGGAAAGCGAUUCCGAGGCAGAGGCAGAGGCACCGGGACUGGGGAAUUCUCACUAUUUCUCGGACGGCGACGACGCCAUGGAGGACGCGCCCGAUGUGGAAACACCGCAGGAUGGAGACACUCCGGACAGUGGCCGGCCCGCGCUACAUCAAGAGACGCCCAUCAAGAUUGUGAUACGCGCCGAGAAGAUCCCCUCGACCACGCCGCAGGGGCCCGACAACACGUGGACCUGCGACCAGGAGGGCUGCGGCUAUAUAGUCCGCGGGGGCGACGACGAAGAGUGCCAGGCUCGGAUUCGCGAACACUUCGACGAUCACGAGCAGCAGCUCGAGAGGGUCAGCCUCGCCGUCACGGAGAGUCGCGGCCACCUGCCCAUCAAUCACUUGCUCGAGAAGAUCAAGCGCAUGGGCGAGAAGGCGUCGGAGGGCCCACAGCAGACGAUGGACGGCCUCCUGGUUCCGCAGCCGAUCAAACGGAAACUGAUAGUGUGA